AUGAGUAAAAAGUCAACAACAAUAUCACCAUUAAAACGACCAUCCACUCGUUCAUUAUCCUCAACGAAACCCGUACCUCAAGACGAUAAAUAUACGUUUCAAUCUGACGACGAAGAUCACAAUACAAAACCAACACUUCUGCGUAAAACAAACACACCGAUUUCAACCAAACGUGUUCGAGGUCGCGCAUCAAAAUCUUCGAAAUCAGACGAUAAUCCACGACGCUCAUCAGCUUCGUCAUCACCAUCGUCAGCGUCGUCAACAAGUGGAACCGACGAUAAAAAACGACCAGUAACCCGACGCGGUUCCCGUCUUGGUUCACAAACUAACACAUCCGUUAGUCAAAUCCGUGACAAAAUUAAGAUCAACUCGACACCGCCUAUUCUUAUUACAUCAAAGAAACGUGGUCGAAAGUCGAAAAUGUUCUCGUCGUCAACAGGCACUUCAUCAACACCAUCAGACGAACAACAAAAGCAUGAAACGGAAAAUCUUCCUGCAUCUCCAUCAAAACAUCAGCAGAUAAACGUAAACGAAAAAGAUCUGAUGCAAUUUGGUUCACCCGAACACGAUGGUUUCAGUGAUGAUUCAGUUGAUUUCGUUUGGAAAGGUUCAAGUAAAAUGUCAAUCGAAAUUCUGAAACGUCGUAUUCCUAAAGAUGAAUCACGUGAACAUUAUUCAUCCGCAAAUGCGAUUCAAACCGAUCCAACAGCCCAACGUAAACGUGCUAUUAUUCCACGUUUAACCAAUUUCGAUGCUCUGUCAGGUCAACCGAUUGAAAGUUCUACAAGCAACAACAAUGAGACCUUGCCAAAGAAAAAUAAUUCGGUUGUUACAUUAAAUAAUGCGUUUCAAAAUGAUUUCGAUUAUUCGUACAAUGAUACGGGAGCGAAAAUGAGUACAACAACAAAUGCAACGGAUGACAAACCACGUCCGCGUGUUUAUGCAGUUAAAAGUACAACAAUGAAAGCUCGUCCACAACAGCAACAAUCGGACAUUAAAAGACCAAAAUGGAUGAAUGAUCAACAAGGUGGAGGAGACGAUGAAGACGAAGAACAUUUAACAACAGCAGCUGAUGAACCCAACGAUUACGAUUACGUUCCAAAAGGGCAAUAUCCACCAAGAAGACCGAACUAUCGUGGACGUAGUACAUUUCCUGGUCGACGUGGCACUGGUCUACGUGGCAGACCACCAGGUUCAAGACGGCACUGGACAAAUGAUGAUGACGACGAUGACUAUGAUCAAUACGAAGAGAGUAAUUCAAGAUAUGGACCAAGAAAACAGAUACCUUAUCGUUCAUCAAGACCAUUGUACGAUACCGCUGAUGAUGAUGAUUAUGAUAAAAAUCGUCGCAUUAGUCUUACACAGGCAUAUCGUCGUCCGAACGAUAUGCGUCAGCCAAUGGGUGCUCGUCGUAUUGGAAUAAAUAAUGGCAAUCAUCCAACUUAUAAAGAUGAUGAUUAUUAUCAUCAUCAACAACAGCAACAAUCACGUUCGACAACAACAACAACAAAUCGUCUUCCAACGACCAAUGCUGCUUCGAUUAAUGCUGGUAAUACAUUUGUCGCAAAAAUAAAUGAUGCACAAUUAAGUGAAGUAGCAAACCAAUCCCAAAUCUUUUUCGUCAAUGUACCACAACAAGAUCAGAAGAAUCAACAAGUUCUCUCGGUUCUUGCAUCCGAGCAGCAGCAAGUUCUGCCUGUUGCUGUUGUCCAACAAGCAAAAGUCGAAACACCAUCAGUAGCCACAAACAAUGCAGCAGGUUCACAAAAUCAAACAUUAGCAUUUACAGUUAAGUUGCCAGUUGACACACCAAAACAAAAGAAAAUCUUACCUAAACCCUCAGCCAAUACUUCCACGUCAAACAAUUCAGCGACUAAUAAGCCGUUCGCAUGGUCACGUCCACCGGGUCGUAUUCAGUUGAAUAGUGAUGAGCAAACAAUGGGCAGAGGCUUGACAAUCACACCGAUAAACACAGACUUAGAUACCAUGGAAGCUGCGCACGUUCUGGCAACGGCAGCCGAUGUAACGAUGGCAGCGGACGCACGUCGUAAAGCACAACAACAAGACGACGAUAUGAAUAUGAUGGUUGAUGAAACACCUUCGAAUAUUGUCAACGAAGAAACUGUUCAAUGUGAAGAUGAUGGUCAAAAAAAUCAAACCCAACAACUGGGCACAAUAACAGCAAAUAUUAUUGAUGAACAUGGAAAUGAACAUACGGUGAUUUUAUCUACAGAAGAAGCACAACAAUUGCUUGGUUCACAAGGUGCAAUCAUUGUUGAUAGUGAUGGCCAACAAAUUUCAAUUCAACAACCGCAACCACAAACUUUUCUCUCUCCAUUCGCGCUUGAUCCAGCACAAUUGCAGGCAUUACUUACACAGGCUGGCAUUGAUCCAAAUACUCCGUUGACUAUCGAACAAAUUGACCCUAAUCAACAACAUCAAGUUGCUACUCUAUGUACAUCGCCUGGUGGAACGCAAUACACCGUCCUUACACAAGCGCCAGCUCAACAACAGCAACAAUUCAUUUUACAAACGGCACCUGCCAAUGAACCUCAGCCACCACCCCCUCCGCCUCAACCCAUAGCUCCUAAAGAAGAUCUUUCAUCGCCACCAAAACGUCGAGCAUUUGCCGUUAAAUCAACUGUGUCCGCAACUGAACAAUACGAUGAUAUGAAUAUGAAUGAUCGGCCACGACGCAAAAUUUUUGCAACUAAAUCCACCGUUUCAUCAAUUGAUUGA